AGAACGGUCACUUUUUUACCGAAUCGUGCGAAUUGAACAGCGGAAAAAUGCCGGAAGAAAAUAAAAUCGACCUGUCCGGAGAUGGCGGCGUCCUGAAGGAAAUCCUGAAGGAGGGCCAGGGCACCGAGACCCCUCACAGUGGAUGCACCGUGUCCCUGCACUACACGGGUCGCCUGACCGACGGCACGGAAUUCGAUUCCAGCGUCAGCCGCAACGAACCCUUCGAAUUUCCCCUCGGCAAAGGCAAUGUAAUCAAGGCCUUCGACAUGGGAGUGGCCACCAUGAAGCUUGGCGAGCGCUGCUUCCUCACAUGUGCUCCCAAUUACGCCUAUGGAGCUGCCGGCAGCCCGCCAACCAUUCCUCCGGACGCCACUUUGAUUUUCGAGCUGGAAAUGCUUGGCUGGAAAGGCGAGGAUCUGAGCCCCAAUCAGGACGGCAGCAUUGACCGCACCAUUUUGGAGGCCAGCGAUAAGAAGCGUACUCCCAGCGAUGGAGCUUUCGUGAAGGCUCACAUUUCGGGAACUUUCGAGGGCCGCGUGUUUGAGGACCGCGAUGUGGAGUUUGACUAUGGCGAGGGGAGGGCCAUCGGCAUUAUCGAGGGAGUGGAGAUCGCCCUAGAGAAGAUGAACAUUGGAGAGACCUCAAGAAUCAAAAUCCAAGCCAAAUAUGCAUUUGGAUCCGAAGGCAAAGAGGAGUUUAAGAUCCCACCAAAUGCCACGGUAGAGUAUACAGUGAAGCUCAACGAUUGCGGCAAAGGACUGGAAGAGUGGAAGCUGAGCGACGAGGAGCGCUUGGCGGAGGCCAAGGUGUACAAGGAGAAGGGCACCAACUACUUCAAGAAGGAGAACUGGGUUUUGGCCAUCAAGAUGUACACCAAGUGCAAGAAUCUGCUCCCCAACACUUCCGAUUCCAAUGAGGAGGUCAAGAAACUUAAGGUGGCCACACACAGCAACAUUGCCCUGUGCCACCAGAAGUCCAACGAUCACUUCGAGGCAAAGCAGGAGUGUAAUGCCGUUUUGGAAUUGGACGAGAACAACGUAAAGGCUCUUUAUCGUCGUGGUCAAUGUAAUCUAACCAUCAAUGAGCUGGAAGAUGCCCUGGAGGACUUCCAAAAGGUCAUCAAACUGGAACCAGGUAACAAGGCGGCCGCCAACCAAGUGAUCAUCUGCAAGCAGAAGCUUAAGGAGAGCAAGAACAAGGAAAAGAAACUCUACGCGAACAUGUUCACCAAACUGGCUGCCCACGACAAAGAGACCGAGCCGCCGCGGGAAACCGACGUGCUCAGCAAAUGCGGCGAGUGGUCUGAGGAAGAUGCCAAGCGCGAAGCUGAAUUGACGCUGGAGCGCGACAAUAUAAUCAUGAUCUAAACAAGAUCAGCUAGCUCUUUAAGUAAUAUUCCCUAGGGUGUAUAAUCCCACAUCAAAAAUCCAGUAAUGUAAUGAAAAAAUGGUCUUAAUGCUUAUUAUACGAAAUAAAUAAACGCUUUGAGAGCUAUAUAUGUA